UUUAAUAACAAACCAACUGGAAAAUGACAUCCAGAGUUCACGUGGAAACGCGGGUGGAUGCGGUAUGGAAGAAUGUCAAAACUUCAUAGAUCCCCUUUAGCUAAAAUAAAGGAUGAAUCUUAAAAAUGCUAAAAUAAAAAUCAAGUGCAUUCAGUAAGAAAACAUUUUAUCAACUGACAUAGUUGAUAAAAAUGUACUUUAUUAGAUGUUGGAGAAGAAGCACCGCUGUCGUAACGUCGAUAAGGUCAAUUCCAGCGAAAAGGCUCUUAUGUUCUGGGUCAGAGGAUGACACUGUUUUCGCCCUGUCGUCGGGUCAGGGCAGGUGCGGGGUGGCUGUAGUUCGGGUCAGUGGUCCGUCAUCAGCACUCGCUGUCCGCAGUCUGACCCGCGUGCUUCCCGCCGCUCGCAUCGCCAGUCUCCGCAGCAUCAUACAUCCACAGACUCAAGAGCUGCUGGACCGUGGCCUUGUCCUCUGGUUUCCAGGUCCUCGCAGUUUUACAGGAGAGGACUGCGCAGAGUUUCACAUUCACGGAGGUCCUGCUGUUAUAAAUGGAGUGUUACAAGCGCUUGGGAGUUUGCCAGGGCUGCGACCUGCAGAGGCAGGUGAGUUUACCCGACGGGCGUUCAGUGCUGGAAAACUGGACCUUACCGAAGUGGAGGGUCUGGGUGACCUGAUCCACGCAGAGACUGAGGCACAAAGGCGGCAGGCCCUCCGACAGAUGGCAGGAGACCUGGGCCGCAUCUAUCAAGACUGGAGUGAUCGUCUAAAGCGAUGCUUGGCACAUGUUGAAGCAUUCAUCGACUUCAGUGAGGAUGAACUCGUAGAGGAUGGAAUCUUAAAUGACGUGGAUGUAGCUGUUCGACAGCUGCAGACACAGAUUGGAGAUCACCUGUCGGAUCAGCGCAGAGGAGAGCGCCUGCGCACCGGCGUUCAGGUGGUCAUUGCUGGAAGCACCAAUGCGGGCAAGAGCAGCCUGCUCAACAUGCUGACUCAGCGUCCUGCUGCCAUCGUGUCUCCCACAGCGGGAACCACCAGAGAUGUGGUGGAGGUCCCUUUAGACAUGGGCGGCUAUCCUGUACUGCUGAGUGACACCGCAGGUCUGCGAGACACCACAGACAGCGUGGAGCAGGAGGGCGUCCGGCGCGCCAGGCAGAGGGUGGAGCAGGCAGAUGUUACUCUAGCGGUUGUCGACUUGACGCAGCUUCCUUCUGAGCCUCGAUUGAUGCCCGCCUUCCUUAGUGGACACUUGAGGAGCAUCCUGGAGCAAACAUCUGACAGGCGACAGUGUAUCCUGAUCCUUAACAAAAGUGACCUCAUCUCCACCGAGCAAAAGCGCAGCGUCCGAGCUUCGCUCAUGCAGGCUGGAAAUGUUCCCCAUUUCUGUUUUUUGUCAUGCCACACUAGAGAUGGUCUGCAGGAUCUCCUGACCGUAUUACAGGACAGAUUGAAGACAUUGUGUGGUGAUCCACUGUUAGGCAACCCAAGUUUGACUCAGACCCGUCAUAGGACUCACCUGCAGAAGAGCACAGAGGCUUUACAUCAGUAUCAUCAAUACAGAGAUGUGGAUCUGGUGCUGGCGGCAGAGGGGCUUCGUCUGGCUCUCUCCAGUCUGGGAAGGAUCACCGGUAAAGUUGGUGCUGAGGAAAUACUGGAUGUGAUUUUUAAAGACUUUUGCAUUGGGAAAUAGACUCGUACUGUGUCCCAUCUGAACAGCUCUUUGUGAGGAGUAAAUGUCUUUACUUAAAAUACAUGACACAA